CUCACCUGAAGUCCCCCAGCUUUCUCAAAGCAGCACCCAUCGAUGCGCAGGGUGUUCGACGGAGGGACGAGCCGCGACUGAGCGGUGCUGCUUACAUGCGCGCGCGCGCGAGUGAGCGAGUGAGGGGGGACGAGAAGGGGAGAGAGCACCGUGGAGCCAGCUGUUUGGAUCACGAAAGGAACUGUUGGUUUCGCAGGAUUCCGUCGCUAAACGGGGAGCAGCGCCCGUGUUUCCGCCGCUCGGCAUCCUCCGUCCCAACGCUCACGCGCAGCCACGCCUGACGUCCGAGCCACCGGCCAGGAGACAGGUUGGGCCCCGCCAAAGGACCCUCAUCGUCUCCGAAGCAACCAGUAAGCUGCGAAGCACACAGUUCACAGAGCACUGUGCCCGACAGGAAGUCAUAAAGCGGCGCUCAGGGAUUUGGAAUCCCUGUUUAAUUAAGCAAAGAAAAUCUUUCUUAAAUUGCAAGUCUUGCCGCUAUUAAACUCACGUAGAGUUUUCAUUUAAAGACACUAGUUCGUUUAUUUAAGUUCAAGUAGGCUCAUCGGGGUGCAGCGGAAGGGGGACAGAUGCACCUUUUGUUUAAAAGGAUCUUCGAUUAAGGCUUUCCCUUGGAUUAAGAAGGCAAUAGUGAAGGCCAGUGUUCCUUAACAUCUUUGAUCCAGUGCCACCCCCUUAUUGCUUUGACUUUCUCUUCUUCAACUCCUCCAGUCUGGACAUUAAGGUUUAAGCCUUAGGACACUAGGACACCCCCCCCCCACAACCCCCGGAAUAUACUCAAGUCCGAACUCUAACCAAAACAACCCCCCAGCGGGAGGCAGUGAAGGGGAGAGGAGAGCUGGGGAGAGGAGUAGAGGGGGAGUGAAGGGCAGAAGGCUUCACCAGCAGCCGGAUGAAUAAAACAUUUCAACAGUGAGGGAGUCUUGACAUCUGGCUGAGGGGCGAGUUAGACAUUCUCCUCAUUCCCCCUCUUUAUUUCACCUUGUUCUGUCCUUCCCUUACGAGCAUUCCUUAUCUUCCUCCUCCCCUCUUCUUCCGUCCAUCUUUCAAUUUCACGGGGGUUUCAGGCGGUCAGACAAACCGAAACACGCGUGUGUUUCUUCUGCUCUCGCUCGGUGGGGUUCGGCCUUUGCGAGGCCCUGGAACAAGCCCCCCCUCCCCCCUAGCCUCUUCCUCCUUCCCGACGCACUGUGUGAUGGUGUGUACCCUCCUCGCUGUCCUUGAGACAUGCCUGUGCAGGAGAUGGCGGUGAGUCCUGUCAAGUCCCUGUACUGGGAGCAGUUCCCUCCCAUGUCGCAGCGCCGCGUCUACAGCACUCCGGUAUACCAUGAGGGCCUGCUCUAUGUGCUGGGGGGCUGCAACGAGACCGGCACGCCCCUGGACAGCGUCGAGGUGCUGGAUGUAGAGAGCCAGACGUGGAGCCAGCUGCCGCCGCUGCCGACCGCGCGGGCGGGGGCCUCGGCCGUGGCGUUAGGGGGCCGGGUGAUGGUGCUCGGGGGCAUGAACCAGCAGCAGACCCCGCUGGCCUCAGUGGAGAUGUACCAUCCCGAUGAGGGCAAAUGGGAGACAAAGGCCAGCCUGAGUCAGCCAUCCAUGGGAGUCACCAUUGUGGAGAAAGAUGGAAAGGUGUACGCGUUUGGAGGUAUGGGAGCCGACACAACGCCACAGGCCUUGGUGAGGGUUUACGACGCAGAGAAGGAUCAAUGGCAGCCCGUGACCGCCAUGCCCACGCCGCGGUACGGAGCUGCGCCCUUUAUACGAGGAAACAAAAUCUACAUGAUGGGCGGUCGUCAGGCAAAGAUGCCAGUGACGGCGCUGGAGGCCUUCGACCUUGAAACCAAGAGCUGGACCCGUUACUCCUGCAUCCCGAGCCGCAGGGCCUUUUCCUGCUGCGCCACCAACGAGCGAAGCCUGUUCAGUCUGGGGGGGCUCCAGCAGCCGGGGCCACACAACUUCUACUCCAGGCCUCACUUUGUCAGCACCAUGGAGGAGUACGAUCUGGAUCAAGGUAUCUGGAUGAAAACCAGCCGAACAUCCAGGAUGAAGGAGAAGAGGGCAGACUUUGUUGCGGGAUGCUUGGGAGGAAGGGUGAUAGCAGCGGGUGGUCUAGGGAACGAACCGACGCCGCUGGGCACCGUGGAGAGUUACAACCCGGUGAAGCGGCGCUGGGAGUACGUGGCGCCAAUGCCCACUGCGCGCUGCUCCUCCGCCCUCCUGCAGACAGCCAACAUGCUGUUUGUCAUUGGCGGGGUCUCCCAGGGACCCAGCAACGCGUUGGAGGCCCUCUGCUCACCGGAAACCGUGUGACACACUCACGCCCACACGCAGGAGCCCAAACUGGCAUCCGUAUUUUAUUCAUUAACACAGAUGAAAGGGAUCCGCGGAGUUGCACUUGGCAUUUUUUCCAACUGAUGGAUUCCAUGUGCACACUGGAGCAAAAAAAUAACACACACACAAAGUGUUUCUGGAGAAACGACACGCCUUUGACCUGUUGAGCAUUUUUCAGAAAAAAGCAGGGUAAUUAUCUGGAUACUAAAAGGAAGAUAGGGCCAUAUCUGUCAGUCUUUUUAGCGGCAGUGGCGCUCUCUGCGACAGAGAGCUCGGACACUUUUCUACGACCUUGAAAGCAACACCUGAGUUUUAGACAGUGACGUUCUAGUUAUGUGGUUCUUCUUCUUGUCUCUUUGUGGCACAUGUGGCACUGCUAGCAAAUGCUAACCCAGUGUCAACAACAGUGUCCCUCAACAUGUGCUCCACACCACCGUCAUCCCAAGCAACUGCCUGUCAGAAGAAAGGUCAUUUGAGGGAAGCUUAUGUUGAACAAGUCACUGUGUUUCCUUGGUUCCUAGUUGCAGAGCUGACUGUGGUCCAAGUGGCCGGCAUCUCGCUCUGCUGUCCAUCCGUCCAGCCUCCGAUAGCACCACAGCGAUCCACCCGCAUCCAUCCGCAUUCAUUCCCAUCCAUUCCCAUCCUUUCCCAUCCACCCGCAUCUAUUCCCAUCC